UUCUUGCCACGAGCACGAAGAAUGGUAUUGUCCGUGUAGUCGUCAUCAUCAUAUCAUAUCGCCACCGUAACUAUAUAUGGACCUGGUAUACCUACGCUUCUCCUGGGCAGUCUAAAAUACUGAGCAAGAAUUGAACCAGUAUUGAACAGAAUUGAAUCAUCAAUCCGAUAACCCAUCAUGCCGUCUUCGAAAACUGACACGUCUGUCCGCUUCCCCGAGCGUGAGGACCAGAAGCGUCGCCUUCGCAAUACAACCCAGGAUCAAAAAGCAACCUCGCGCAUGAAGGACGCCGCCAGUUCUGGCAAGAACAGAGUCGACGAUAUCAACAGCUGGUCCCCUGAGCAGCUGCUCAGCAGCUCCAUGGAUGACCAGGGCAACCCAGUUCCGGACCCGGUUACUUUCCAUGACGGUGCGAAGGCGCGCAAGGGCAAGAACCCCGACGAUGAGCCGGAUCUCUAUGAUGCCAUGCACGACGACUUUGAUUAGCCUGUCGACCUUGCCCUGCCCGGUUCAUAAAAGCAUUAUCAGUUUUGCUGCAUUUUCGCUUCGCUCGCUGCGGGACACGAGAGUUCAUAUUAUCUAGUUAUCCACAUAUUAGUCAAGAGUAGCAUAUCAUCAUUUGAAUGAAUCACUGUAUAUCCAACUG